AAUCAUUGUUUUGUUGUUCUUCUUUUUGACAAUCAUUCCGUUUUCAAGCGCAUGCACCGUUACUAUGGAAUCUUCAUUUGUUUGAUCCAAAUUAACCUUUUAUCAGAAUUCUCAACCCCUCCAUAACCGAAUGAUUUUUAUUUGAACCCCAGCAUUUUGCCGCAUGCGACAAUUUCGUCAAACGGUUGAGGAAACGGCUGGCACAUUUUGAUGUAUUAUUUUUGAAUUCAAAGUGAAUUUACCUUUUUCUUAAAUCAGAGUGAAAUCGAAAGCUUUGCGACAUGGUUAAUCAACGGGAAUUUUGGAAAGAAGUAAGGAAAAAUAAUCCGAGAUACAGCGGACAACCACGGGUCGUACCGGCUUUUACCAUUCAAGCGAUGCAGGAAGGAACGGUUGUAGCGAAACCUCCGAAAUGCGGUUUGUACAAGCCGGUGCCGCCAAAACCGUCCUCGUUUCGUAGAUUUUACGAACGGGGAGUUUUUCCGAUAUCAAUGGAGAGCGACGGUAUUACAAUAACGUGGAAAGUGAACAUUGAGGAUUUGGACUUUCAUCAUUAUUUGCCCAUGUUUUUUGACGGUUUGACCGAAACUGAACCACCUUACAAUUUUCUUGUUGAGCAAGGAAUAACGGAUAUGCUCGAACACGGAGGACCCAAAAUUUUGCCAGUCGUUCCUCAAUUGAUUAUACCAAUAAAAAAUGCAUUGAACACCAAAAUUCCUGAAAUAAUUUGCGUAACGAUGAGAAUUCUGCAGCGUCUCGUCAAAUCAGGCGAUUGCAUUGGCGAGGCUUUGGUUCCCUAUUUCCGACAGAUAUUGCCCAUCCCAAAUUUAUUGAAAGAUCGCAAUGUCAAUCUUGGUGAAGGUAUCGAUUAUUCCCAACAGAAAGGAGAAAACCCUGCUGAUCUUAUACAAGAAACCCUGGAAAUUCUCGAGCGCUAUGGUGGCGAAGACGCCUUCAUAAACAUCAAAUACAUGGUCCCCACUUACGAAUCUUGCAUGAUGAAUUAAUUCCAAAUUUUCCAUCUUAUAUUCGUGUAUGAUACUGUAAUAUAAAAAAAAAAGACAUCGCAAGCGUCAAAUUUACGCUCCGAAUCUCUAAGUGCACUCAAGUUUGUUCUCGACAAGCAAAUUUUUCUAUACUGGAAAUGAGCCGUCACACAGCAAAAAUAUCAAAGUGCUUAUUGUACAGAUUUUGACCUCCCGAUUGACUCUAAUUACAAGUCAAAAAUUCGAAGUCUAAAGUGCAUGUGCGUGAAGAAUUAUUUUACCAUGAACUAGUACAGCUAUAGAAUUUUUGUCACUUUUAUUGCAUAACGAAAUCUUACAACGUGGGUAUGGACUUUUGUUGAUUGGCUGGCCAAGUUGAAAGAACAAAUUCUGUAAAAGUCACUUCACUCUGAAAGACGAGUUGUUCGAUUUUUAAACCGUAUCUGCAUUUUUUAAAUGUACUGCAUGAAUGCAAAUGAUUUUAUAACAGAGAACGCAGCUAUUCCAAAUAAAAAUAAACACCGAUGAUGAAAAGAUUAACGUGAAAAUGGUCCAAUAGAAGCAAACUCUUUUUGUUUGGAUCAUAAAAAAAUAUCUGCUUCUUUUUUUCUCUCAACUCAACAACUGUUUUUUUCAUAGAUUCGAAUUUUCACGUUUAACUUGAAUAAAUUUACGCAAAAAAUUGUAUCAAACGUAGAUAAAGUAUAGAAAAGUAAAGUAAUGAGUUUAUAGACUUUUUCAAAAAUUACGUCUGUGUAGUUUCUCAACAAGGUCGAUAAAAUUCGUUGCGCCUAGUGACA